GCGGGGCGCGGAGUGGCGUUGCGUUCAGUGUGCACGCUGCGCUGAGACGAGACGGUGCGCUGUGCGUCGCGACGGUGCGUUCGGCUGCAGCUCUAGAGACGACUCGAACCCAAAUUCGGCCGCCCGAAGCGCCCGAAGCUCCGGCCAGACCCACGCGAUCGAGCCUUACGCAGCCUUCGCUUUUAUCGCAACGUGCGUGUGUGUGUGUGUGUGUGUGUGUGUGUGUGAGUGCGAGUGUGUGAGUGAGUGUUGUGGCGUACAGUGCCGGUACCCAGCGGGACUACCCAGUGCCCGCCCCGCCCUCGGCUUGCAGUGUGAGUGACACUGCCAGUCUGCCAGUGUGGAGUACCGGGGACCUGGCUGUGGACGUACUUCGUAAACUUCGUACUCUCCCCCCGUCCCUUCGCACCUGCCAGGAUGAACGGCGUCAACGGCAUGAACGGGCACAACAAUGAGCUGAACGGGCACGGCGAGCUGGGCCUGAACCAGAAGGGCUGCUGGACCAUCGGGCUCAUCAACUCCAAGUUCCGCUACCUGACCGCCGAGACGUUCGGCUUCAAGAUCAACGCCAACGGCGCCUCGCUCAAGAAGAAGCAGGUGUGGACGCUGGAGCCGGCGUCGGGCGGCGAGUCCGUCAUCUACCUGCGCUCGCACCUGGACAAGUACCUGGCCGUCGACUCGUUCGGCAACGUGACGUGCGAGUCCGACGAGCGGGACGCCGGGUCGCGCUUCCAGAUCAGCGUGGCCGACGACGGCUCGGGCCGCUGGGCGCUGCGCAACGUGGUGCGAGGCUACUUCCUGGGCGCCUCCGCCGACAAGCUGACGUGCACCGCCAAGGCGCCCAACGAGACCGAGUUCUGGCUGGUGCACCUCGCCGCCAGGCCGCAGGUAAACCUCCGGUCGGUGGGCCGCAAGCGGUUUGCCCACCUGUCCGAGAACCUGGACGAGAUCCACGUGGACGCCAACAUCCCCUGGGGCGAGGACACGCUGUUCACGCUCGAGUUCCGGGCCGACGACGGCGGCAAGUACGCGCUGCACACGUGCAACAACAAGUACCUGUCGCGCGAGGGCAAGCUGGCGGACACGUGCACGCCCAACUGCCUGUUCUCGGCCGAGUACCACGCCGGCAUGCUGGCCCUGCGCGACCGCGCCGGCGGCUACCUCUCGCCCAUCGGCUCCAAGGCCGUGCUCAAGUCGCGCUCCAACACCGUCACCAAGGACGAGCUCUUCUCGCUGGAGGACUCCCUGCCCCAGGCCAGCUUCGUCGCGGCGCUAAACGGCCGCUACGUCUCCGUCAAGCAAGGUGUGGACGUGACGGCGAACCAGGACGACAUCUCGAACCACGAGACGUUCCAGCUGGAGUUCGACCAGAGCACCAAGCGCUGGUACAUCCGCACUAUGCAGGACCGCUACUGGACCCUGGAGAGCGGCGGCGGCAUCCAGGCUGCCGGGGACAAGAAGUCCUCCAACGCCCUGUUCGACCUGGUGUGGCAGGGAGACGGCUCCGUGGGCUUCCGCGCCAACAACGGCAAGUUCGUGGCCACCAAGCGGUCGGGGCACCUGUACGCCAACGCCGACGCCGUGGAGGAACCUUCCAAGUAUUUCUUCUACCUCAUCAACAGACCUAUCUUGGUAUUAAAGUGCGAACAAGGCUUUGUUGGCUACAAGAGCCCACAGUCGCCGAAGUUGGAGUGCAACAAAGCCUCCUAUGAAACCAUUCAAGUUGAACGUAGUGAGAAGGGUGUUGUUUACUUCAAAGGUCAGAACGGGAAAUACUGGCAUGUCGAUGGUGAGGGAGUCACUGCUGACUCCGAUAAUCAAGAAGGCUUUUUCCUGGAACUACGAGAACCAACAAGGAUUUGCAUCAAGAGUGUUACCGGUGAAUACUUGGUGGCAAGCAAGAAUGGAAUGUUCCGGCUUGGUGACAGCAAUUAUGAAAACGCUACAAAGUGGGAGUACUAGAUCAACCUAAAUUAUGGUGGCAAUGCAUUAUCAUUCCAUUUUUGCAAUGCCCUAUUCAGCUUUGAAUUCUUUUGCUUCAAAUUUACCUAUCCCAUAAGUACUUCAUUACAAUUUAGGAUUAACUUUACACAGAUUUUUGAUGGCCUGAGACACUUAUGUCUAGAGUACUUACAAAUUGUAAGCUUUUUUUAAUGAUGUUUUUAUAUACUAUUGUAUUACCACUUACCUUUUCUAAAAUAGGAAGUGUGUACUCUUGAAACUAGUCAAGAUGGAAAAACUUAUUUUUUUGUUGUGUUAAACCUGUUGCCAAACGUCUUGUCUCAUGUACUGAAAAGGUUUUUUUUUUUUUUUUUUUUUUUUGUUUCUUUUGCAUUUGGGUAAAAUCUUAUUAUUUUGUUUUCUGAGAAACCUAUUAAAUGUUAAUUUUUUUAGUUUUAAGCAGUUGAUUUUUUGACUGCAAAGUAAAUUUGGCUGUCAUGUACAUUUUCCCCUCUCCGUUCAGUUUGUAAUAAUAUUGAAGUUAAAACGUCUGUUUCUGCCAUGUGUGAUAUGUUUCUCAGAAGUGGGACACUGUUCUUGUUUAAUUUACUGAAGACUGACAACAUGGUAUUCUUAAUGUCCAUGUUGUAUACGUAAUUUCAAAGCAAUACAUUUGAAUUUUUUUAAAAGCCAGUAGCAUAGAUGAGUCUAUCUCCAAUAAUUUUUAUUGAAAGAUAAAGGUUGUUUCCUUUGUGCCACUGACAUAGACAAAUUCAUCAUGGAAUGCAAAUUAACUGGUAGACUCCUGCUGUGAGAUCUCUUUUUACAGGUCUUGCAAAAUAUUCAAAUUUUGUCUUCUUCCUUAUGAAUUAUAAAAAUGAGAGAAAUGAGCCUGCCACUCAAUGUGUCACUUGUGUCCGGGAGAGAAUUCAAAAUUUAAUGUAUUGUAUGAUUUCUAUAUUUUACAUUUUUAUACCUCUGCCCUAUGUAUAUCCAUUUUUUACAAUCAAAUGUCUUUCCUUAUUUAUUCAGGGUAGGAUACGAACUGCUUUUAAAUAGUCAGCAAUUGCUGUUUCCUUCUAAUGACCUUUUGCCCCAUUCAAUUUAUGUAAAUAUGCUUUAUCAAUCAGUUAUUGUUAUUUUGUUUUGUUACUUAACGAAAGAAAAAAACAACUUAAUAUUUUAGAACGAUGUCGAUUGAUGUUUAGGAACAGGUUGAGUAGAGGAAAUUUGUCAAUGUUAGUUUGCAAUAUGUCAUCAAUUAUGUGUUAGGCCUAAAUAUGGUAAGACAAUUGCUAUGUAGUGUAGUGUCAAUGAGAUUGAGAAACUUGUGAACACAGCUGGUUUAGAAUGCAUGCAACAUGCAAGUGACCAUCAAUCUCGCUAGAAAGUAACUGGUCAAUUUCGUCCUAUGCUACAGUUGUGUGAGCACAUAAAUCUAUGUGAUAUGUCUGAUAACGUCCUAGUAUUCCUCUCAUGUCUUGGUAUCCAAAGCUGCGGGCCAGCUACACCCCGCUUGAUUAAAUUCUCAAACCUAUUUGAGGUUCAAAUUGCUUUAUCUUUCUUUCCAAUAUGAGCACUGCCGCACAGCACUUUCUCUUAACUUAAGGUUUGGGCAAGAAAGAUGAGUUGGUUCUUGUAUUAGGUGUGGGGGAGUCAGAUUUGCUGAAACACAAGAGUAUUUUUAAGUUAGGACUGUAUUUCAUAUUGCUAUGGGCUUUUAUUAUGUUUUAAUAUCAGAGACGACUGAAUUUGUUUGUUCACAACCCAGUGGAAUAGAAAGCUGGGGCAUGUUCACCUUGUAUACAAAUCUGCUUAUUACAUUCAAUUGUUUUUGUUUGGCUUUAUUUAAUUUUAUUUAAGAUACAUGCUGAAUGUGGUGUGCUUUAGUGUCUAGGAAGCCGCGAGGCACUUUGUACAUACCAGCCUUUGUAUCAUACCUAAUAAAUUGAUUUAAUACCUUUAA